AUGGGCGCCACCCCAUUCCACCAUUCUAUCCUCGAGGUCCGGUUGCCAAAGCACUUUGACAAACCAACGGACAUGAGGUAUGACGGGACACAAGACCCACAGGAACACCUCACGGCCUUCGAGGCCCGAAUGAACCUAGAGGGAGUGAGAGACGAGGUAAGGUGUCGCGCCUUCCCGGUCACCCUGGCAGGCUUUGCGAUACGGUGGUUCAAUAGCCUCCCACAGGGUUCCGUGGCUGGUUUCUCGGACAUUAGCCGCGCCUUCUUAGCACAAUUCACCACUAGAAUCGCAAAGACAAAACACCCGAUCAAUCUACUUGGCGUCACUCAGAAAGCCGACGAGACGACCAAAAAAUACCUAGAUCGCUUCAAUGAUGAAUGUUUGGAAAUAGAGGGGUUAACGGAUUCGGUGGCGAGCCUGUGCCUGACCAAUAGACUUCUCAACGAGGAUUUCAGAAAGCAUCUCACCACUAGGCCAGUCUGA